AUUAUUGGGCAUUAUCAUCAAUGGUCCAACGCAUCGUCAUCCACCUCGAAAAACAUCCGCGACAACGUCGGUCUCAGCGAGCUCGAACCGCCCCCUCUCGCUAGGUUAUAGAGUACGAUUUCCUCGCCCCCUGCGCGCGCAAGGAGGCAGGACAGUGCUCUGCGCCUGACGUCGUCGACGAGCUCGAGAUGAACUCCAAACCUUGCGUAUGCUGCUCCCGGCCGAGGCGACUUCUUCGCUAGCGUCCGUCGAGAUGAACCUCUCCCCAAAGCUCGCAGGCCUACUGGCUUUCGUCACCUCGCUGUAAUGCCCAGCCCGAGCUGCCUAUCAGGCUGUAUUGUUAGGCGUUACCGCGCCGGUCGGCGAUAGGUAUGGGAUCUCCUGCGUCAGCUACGGAAUAUAUGCGUCAAACAUGGGGAUCUACGCGCCAAGUACGGAAUAUGUGCGUCAAGUUGGGGUAUCUUGGGGUAGGAUUAGCGCAUACGGAGCGCAUACAACCCCGCACCUUGCGCACUUUGCAUACAGCCAUUCACCGGCAUCUCACCUCACCUCGCAUGAGGAACUUGCGAACAUUGGGGCGGAGGGGCUGCGGGGCUCCUUACCUGCUCUUCGGCGGCGUGUUUCGUGGCGACCAGCUCGCGGUUAGCACCUCGCUGGGCUGCGCUCACCGUCCUCGAAGUUGCUGGACUCGUCCUGGCUACGCUCGUCGCUCUCGCUCUGCGCGCCGGAAGGUUUUUGCUGUCGCUCGCACCAAAAGAUAUUUCGUUUCGUCCCAGAACUGUAUUCUAUCUAAUACAACAGUUCAAACCCAUGAAGCCGGUCCAUACAAUAAAGCAUUCGAUGAUUCUGAAGUGCGAGGGGUGCGAGAUCGGGUGAGGGUUCGAGCUCGAGUGUGAGCCAGUAGAGGGGGAUGGUAUACGUAUGGGCCCGGCCAA